AUGACACGCAAUAUCUGCAUCACCGCCGUGGACGGCAACACGGGCUUCACCAUUGCCGAGUAUAUUCUCAAGAAUGAGAACUUCAAGAAGAAGGUCGGCACAGUGACCGGCAUUGCUCUGAAGCCGAAUUCAUCGCGGGCCAAAGAACUGGCCAAGCUGGGUGCUCAGAUUGUGCCGCACAAGACCGGGCGUGUCAAGGACAUGGUGAGCCAACUGGAGUCUACGGGCGCAGAUACCGUGUGUCUCAUCCCCCCGGCGCACGAGGACAAGGUCGGCAUCACGACGGAAUUGAUCGACGCGACCAAGCGGGCCAACAUCCCCAAUGUGUGCUUCAUCAGCUCGGCCGGAUGCGAUCUUGCGGACGCGCAGCAUCAGCCCAGGCUGCGUGAGUUCAUCGAGCUCGAAAGCUUGGUCAUGGCAGCCAAGGGCGACCCGGAUACCUCGACUGGACAUUCCCCUGUGGUCAUUCGGCCAGGCUUUUAUGCCGAGAAUCUGCUGUUGUACACGCCGCAGAUGCAGGAGGAGCAAAUCAUCCCUAUUCCGAUGGGAAACAACCACAAAUUCGCCCCAAUGGCCAUGAAGGAUCUUGCCCAGGUAGCCGCAAACGUCCUGACGGGCAAGGGAAAGCAUGGGUUCAGCGACAAGCACCGUGGACAACUCAUCGUGCUCACCGGGCCAAUGCUUUGUGCUGGCAAUGAACUCGCCGAGGCUGCGUCGCAGAGUUUGGAGAUGGAGCUCAAGUUCGAAGACGUGUCCGAACGGGAAGCCAGGAAUCUCCUGAAAAGCCAGUCCGACCUUGACCCCUCGGAGCUCCAGUACCUGCUUGAGUAUUACUCUCUUGUCCGACAAGGGAAGACAAAUUAUAUUUCGACAACCGCGUUCCAUGAUAUCACCGGUCAGCAUCCAACGGAACCGGUCGAGUUCUUCAAGGAGCACAAAGAGCAGCUCGUUCCUCAGGAACAGCCCAGCAAGAAGAGGAAGACCGCCAACGGAAGUUAG